AAAAUAAAUUUGUUGUCAUAAACAAUAUCGAAAACACGUGAAUUAACAAUUAAAUGUCAAUAACUUCACUGGUUUAAACAAUGAGUACGCAAAAAGGAAACACGAAAAAAAAUGGCCCACCCAAAUACCAAAAUCGACAUGGUUUCAAAAAUGUUUAUCAUGACACUAGCAAGCAGACACAGAAGAUCGUAAAUACCGAAGUGGCUGGGGUUUGUAAAAGAUGCAAAGAUGUCAUUGACUGGAAAAUAAAGUAUAAGAAGUACAAGCCGUUGUCACAAGCCAAAACGUGUGCAACAUGCAGACAGAAGACAGUUAAGAAGGCCUACCUGGUGUAUUGUCAGUCAUGUAGCGCUGUGUCUGGCAAGUGUGCAAAAUGUGGUGAGAGUACAGAUAUAGUUCAAAAACCUAGCAAGUCACCUGCAGAGGCUGCUUCUGAUGACAGAGAUUUGCAGUUUGAACUUGAACAACUGCCAGAAAGAAAACGCAGAACAUUCCUUAGAAACCAGGAAAAAGGCUUGCUAUCUGAUACAGAUGCCUUCAAUAAGCUUCCAGCAAGCAGCAAAGAUGAGAGUGACAACAAUGAGGAUUCAGACAGCAACGGGGAUUCAGACAACAGUGAGGACUUAGACAACAGUGAGGAUUCAGGUUGUGGUGAAACUAGCAUCAAAUCUGGGGGUCUUUCCGACAGAGUGGAACAGCGAGUGAUGGAGACUAAUAGAGAUUUGGAUGCUGGUACAUGUCAGUCUGAUUCACUUGACAUGCACUUGAAGGUUGACAUAUCUGAGACCAAUAAUGAUAUGCGGAAAAUGAACAUUUUAGAACCUGGACAGUGUUAAUAAUUAUGAUUUAAGCUGUAUAACAGUUUACUGUAAAUAUCUGUAAACUACAAAUUAUGGAGUUUUUAUAAAAUGUUGAAUUGCAAUCUAUAGAAUGUUUACAAGUACUUGCAAUCGGUCAUGCAAAAAUGUCGAGGGAGCUUGCUCAAGCUGUGUAAUUCUUCAGGAAGAGCUGUACAGAGUUGAAGUAAUGUUUGCUUGUUUGGCAAUAUUGUUCUAAUUUACCAGAAAGUUUUGUUUCUUGGUCUUCUGAAUGAAUCUAUUAGCAAUUUGAAAACAAAAAACAUGUACAGUACACAGUAAAAACUCUUCACGACAACCCCGUCAUUACAACCAAUUCACUGUGACAAGCACCAUUAUUAGCUCACCUGAGCACAAUGAGCUCAUGGUGAGCUUUUGUGAUCGCCUUUUGUCCGUUGUGCCUUGUCAACAUUUGCCUUGUUUACACUUCAGAGGCCACAUUUAUUGCCUGAUCUUCAUGAAAUUAGGGGGCUGGGAAUAUAUCCGUAUAUGGCUAUAGUAAAUUUAUCCUUAUAUGGCUAUAGUAAAACCUUGUUAGCAACCCAAAAAAGUUACAUUUAUAGUUCAUGAAACUUGGUCAGAACAUUUGUUCUAAUGAUAUCUUGGGCUGCACAGAACAGAUCUGUUCCUUUGUAUCUCAGGUGAGCGACUUUGGACAUUUCAGGCCCUCUUGUUUAGUCCUGAUUUGUCCUUCUUUAUUUCCAUGGUUGUUACACUCAUCUGUCCGACCAACCUGCUUGAUGCCAUUUCUACCACUUAAAUCGGUAUUAAUAAAAGAAAUUUCUCUACUGCACACCUCCAAAUGACCAGUAAAUUUAACACCUUACUA